AUGUCUGAAUGUGGGGCCUAUGUGAACGUGAUCGUGCACUUUCUAGGCUUUGCACUCAACUACGUCAAUCGAGAAUACUUCUUCGAUAUCCAUCCACCCCUGGGCAAGUUCAUCCUGGCCAUUUCAACAUACUUUACCGACUUUGAUCGUGAAUUCAAAGCGGAUAAGAUCGGUCGUAAGUACGAAGACAGGCCAUUCGUUGUCAUUCGUAGCACCCAUGCCGUAUUCUCAGCCAUGAUGGUGCCGUUGCCUUACCUUACGCUUCGCGCGAUCGGCGCUACACGUGCGACAUCGUUGUUGGCAGGGUGCAUGGUGCUGUUUGACGGAUGUCUUAUAUCUAAUGGGCGUAGCAUAUUUAUGGAUUCCUUUCUGUGGUUUUUUCUAGCCCUAUCCAUAUUUGCUUCGGUGCAGUUUUGGAACUUAUCGCAGAAAAUCUUUGCCAAAUAUGAUGCCCCGGGAAUCCAGUGGUACUUCUGGUGCAUUCUAACCGGCUUGGCUCUGGGGUGUACUCUGAGUGUGAAAUGGACUGGGUUGGGAGUGGUAGGUGUGAUCGGCUUAAGGCAGCUGUUCACCUUUUUCGAUCACGGGUAUCAGUACUAUCUAACCGAGAAAGGUACGCCACGCUCUGAGCAGCUUCGGCGCAGUACAUUAUUCCAUCUCCUGGCUGGUAUCAUAAUGCUGGUGCUGCUGAUUUCUGUAUACGUUGCCCUGUUUGCACUGCACUUCAUCAUCGCUAACCACACCGGCCCGGGAGUAGAGUGGCAUGCUGGAGACACGCCGUACAUGCAGACCUUUAUAGGCUCAGAAGAGUACGUGGAAAUGGAUCCUAGAUUCGUAGCUGACCAACCGAGCACGCUAACGAAGGUGUGGAAUAUCCACAAGACGAUGUUUGAUGCAAAUCGAGGUAUUGAUAAGGAUCAUCCCUGGGCCUCCCGAUGGUUUACAUGGCCCUUUAUGAUUAAAGGUCUCAUGUUCUGGACCGAGAAGAACCAUAUGGUGUAUCAAUUAGGCAACCCGCUGGUGUGGUGGGGAAGUACCGUUCUCAUCACAUUGGCGACUCUGUAUGCGAUCUUUAAUAGUUCGUUCUACAUACCGCCGCACAAGGUGACUAAGGCUGAAGCGUCUAUGCACAAGGAGAGGCUGCCUUACACUGAGCGGGCAAGAUAUGAGGUGUCCUGGCUGCUGUGCGGCUACGUCUGCAACCUUCUUCCGUAUGUGGGGGUAUCUCGUGCCUGUUGGCUGUACCACUACGUGCCUGCUCUGUUCUUUGGAGAGCUUGCCGGUUGCCUCUGGUUAGAUCAACUGCUGAGGCGGGCUAAUCCGACUGUUCAGAAAAUUACACUCUCAAUUUGUUACUUCCUGGCGUUUUACGGUUGGUAUGCAUUCCACCAGGUAAUUUACUGCCAAAGAUACACGGACGAGGAAUUAGAGGGUCUGAAAUGGCUAUCUGAUUGGAUGUAGAGUGAUCGUUCCGUCACGUUAGGAAACAUUGUAGGUUGGCAAAUGUACGAUAUACGAUAGAAAGCUUCGUAUGUUCAAGUGUAAAUUAAUUCUACACAGACAUCGUAAGAACUCACGGGCCAAGCGAAAACAGAGUGCGACAAUUAUCUAAAGUAUAUUCGUUCAGGUCAUACAGCCCAUUGUACUGCGCAGGCGUGGUCGCGUGCAUUGGUGUCGUACUAUGUAUGAAAGGCUUUACCAGCUGAUCUCGACGCAAAGCCGCGUAUACUAAUUUACAAUCCAAUAUCGUAGUUGCGAGAUCUCGCUCACUAUGUCGUCAGUGGUUUCCCAAUACAUGGUUGAGCAAGUUUGACAUUUGGACUAAUGUCACAAAUACACAAAUACGCAAAGUAAAGUAUUUGAUCACCUAUGUAAUUGAGAAAAAUAAAUCGAAG